AUGGACUCUCAACCGCUCUUUACCUUCCUAUUCCUCCUACUCUCACACCCAGCAGCUGGGCAUGAAGAUGGCUGGUCAAUGAAGGUGCCUCCUGAGGUACGGGCGAUAGAGGGGUACCCUGUGGUGUUGCCUUGCUCCUUCACCCAUCCGCAUCACACACACCACUCUUCCAUGUUAGUCUUGUGGAAGCUGGGUCACGGUCCAACCGGCACAGUGCUUUUCCAGUGCGCCAGUCACAAUGACAGCCACCGGUGUCAGACAGAGCCACAACAGGACCACCGGUUCCGACUAGAGGGUAACCCACGGGAGCAUGACCUGACACUCAGAAUCAACAACGUUGCCUUGCAAGACAGUGGCCGCUAUUUCUGUCGUGUGGAGUUGCCAGGCCACCCACAUGCCAACUUUGAGAACAAGAUAGGCACGCGCCUGAGAGUAGAAGCUGGCCCGCGGAUCCUUGGGCUCUCAGUAGAGGGCAGUGAGGAGUCCGGGUAUAGUGCGCUAUGCCGUGUCCAGGGAUCGCCACUUCCAGACAUCCAGUGGACUGGCCCUGGAGAACCACUAGAGGGCUCCCCGCUCUCUCCUGUUGCUCAUGAGGCCCCUGUCCAGCAUCACACCUCCAGUCUUCUGCAGGACAUCAUCCCUGGAGAACAAUACACAUGCAGUGCUUCCAACCCCCUGGGGAAGGAUCAGGCCACCCUCUACCUGCUUACCUCCACCCCUACCCAGACUUUGUCUGGACCCACACCAGUCCUGCUGCUACUCUCCUUCUCCCUGGGGACCAAGAUGAUAUUGUUCCUGGGAUGGGGUGCCUGGCUGGUCAGGGACGGGGCUUUAUCUUCCUGGGUCAGCUGUGGGACCCAGUGAAAUGUGUGCACACAGACAAAUGUUCACAAACAGACCAAGUGACUUGUUGCUUAGUCCAUAGCCAUCAGGUUGCAACUGAUAAAACCGUUCUUGGAGAAACAACUUGAUCA